AUGGCUGAAUUGCACGUUGUGGAGCAGAGUGGUACUAGCACUAUAGAACAAACCGAGCACCGUGAUGUCCGAGGCUCUGUUCGGCUGGCAUCGUCCAGUCUCAUGGUUCUGCCACGGAGCAGCUUGCCCACCAGUCCCGGGGUAUCGAGUACUAGCAGAGUAGUGUUUGGGUUCUCAGUGAAGAGCAACCCCAGUUCCCCGUCAGAGCCAGCAGAGAAACCCGGAUCCCGCUGGGUUCGCCUCAAUGUUGGUGGAACCUAUUUUGUCACAACCAAACAGACAUUGUGCAGGGACACCAAAUCGUUCCUGUACCGAUUGUGUCAAGAAGAUCCGGAUUUGGACUCUGAUAAGGAUGAGACAGGUGCUUACCUGAUUGACAGAGAUCCCACAUACUUUGGCCCCAUUCUGAAUUACCUGCGGCAUGGGAAACUGAUCAUGGACAAGAACCUAGCAGAAGAAGGUGUCCUUGAGGAGGCGGAGUUCUACAAUAUUGCGUCAUUGGUGAGACUGGUAAAAGACAGGAUACGGGACAACGAGAACAGGACAUCUCAGGGCCCAGUGAAACAUGUGUACCGGGUGCUGCAGUGCCAGGAGGAGGAGCUCACCCAGAUGGUGUCCACCAUGUCAGACGGCUGGAAGUUUGAGCAGCUCAUAAGCAUCGGCUCGUCCUAUAAUUAUGGCAACGAGGACCAGGCUGAAUUCCUGUGUGUGGUUUCCCGGGAGCUCAACAACUCCACUAAUGGCAUUGUCAUCGAGCCCACUGAGAAGGCCAAGAUCCUCCAAGAGAGAGGUUCACGGAUGUGAUGAGACUCCCAGGCCUGAGCUCACCCUGCUCAGCUCAUGUGACAUUUCCUGAUGUCUCCUGCACCACCUCAGCCAUGGUCCAAACCUUCACCUGUUCCACCUCCAACCCCACGCCCCCUUCACCUCCCCCUCCUCUGGGUGUGCCUUUCCACAGUGGGGGGUUCCCAUCCCCCCUCCCCUACAGUGCUGCAACAUAACCCCAUCGUCAUUUCUUAUUCUCAGUUAUAUUCAUGAACGUUUUGAGGGAUUCUGAAGAGAUGGCAAUAGAGUAUUAUUAAAUGCAAUACCUGUUGUCAUAAGUUGGCUUUUGAAGAUUCAGGUUUUGCCCCUGAUCAUAAUCCCCAUCUUGUCCAUAGUACCUCCACACAGAGCUAAAUCAUUGUCACCUUCCUCAUUCAGGUGAUCACACAGUUAGUGGGGAGCCCUUUCCUUGUCUGUCCGGCUAUGUCGACGUGGCGGAAAUCUGUGAUAAUCUCCUCAGAACUUUCAAAGGACAAAAAAAAGGAAAACAAAAAAUCUACUGACUGUGACCUGUCCCACCUACAACCCUGAAUAUCCACCUAUGGGGUGAGAUGAUACUGUUAGCAACAUGGCCCACCCUCUGACCUCCAAUCCUAGUCCUUCCAUCUCCACAGCUGGAGCUCCAAGACAGUUCAUAGUCACUUGGGAGGCUGAAGGCGGAGAGGUGGGGCUAAGGACAGUGAAGCCACCAGAAUCUUCUACAGCCCUCAAAUUCAAAUCUGGACCUCAAAGCCAGUUCCUCUGCUCCCCCCCCCAUUCUUCCCCUCUAAUCAGGGACAGAUUUAAAUCUGGGACACGAGGUGGGUGCGAUUUUUAUUUUAUUUAUUUAUUUUUUAUUUUAAUUUUUUAAUGAUCAGGUAGAACAGAAAACCAGCAGUAGUACGGACCUUGUAGGGUAAGAUUUGAAUACCCCUGUACUACAGCGUCUCUUUUGGUCACUUGUGCAGUCAGUCCUGCUCUCACAGAAACUCUUGCAUUAUAAAACUAGAAGAUAAUGGGGAGGAACAGACCCUUGUCUAACAGAGGCUCCACCCCACCGUGGUUCAUCAGGGACUUUCACUGCAGUGCUGAGCAUCCAUCACACUGAGCAUCCAUUUUCUUUUUGGCUCAGGUCAAAGUCCUUUGUCACCAGGAGGGCACAUCUUUUUCUUUUGCAGCCGUGCUAGGGAUGUUUCAGUGCAAAAGAAAACACACAACUUAAAAGACUAAACCACACACAUGUACACAAUUGUCAGGCAUGUGAAGAAUAUAAAUCUAUAUAUAAUGAAAUUAUAUGGAAAAAAUGAAUGCAAAUGAUAGAUUUUUGUCAUAUUUGUGUAGUAUGGUGUGUUUUAUUCCAUUCGGGGAAGACAUAUCACUCCUCUUGGUGUUUCCCCCAAUGACAAAGGUGUAAGUUUGUGUAUGCAGUGCCUCUCUGCUAUACGUCAAUGAUUGAAGAUAUGAUCAGCGACCCAGAGUUUUUCAAUGACACAACUUCUAAGUAGAUUUUCUGUUCCUUAUAACCCGUUCAAACGAUCCUUAAUUCGCGCAGCUCUAUUAUGUUCUCCUUGCAUUUCUUCAAAUUGUAAUCAGAGAUAAGAGACGGGUUACUGAAAAGCUUUUAUUUGAAAUGAAGAGAUGGCAUGUGUCCAGUACAGUGUGCCUGUUGGACCUGUGAUCAUCUGUAAUCUGCCUAGCCUUGUUUCAUUUUCAUGCCAAUUAUCACUCACUGUGCAUUUGCCUGCUACACACCUUGGCGUAUGUUCAGUUAACAGCUUUGCUUUACAUUUUGCAGUAUGCACUGUUUAGUAAUUUUAGAGUAUGCCGAAAUGAAUAUUUGACAUACAUACUCUGGAAUUGUUAUAGAGUCAGUAUACCCACAGGAACAUUGGGUACUGAAAUUGCUGCAUGGAUGGGACAUUUCAGCUUUUUGACUUGUAACGUUGAGGGAAAAUAAGGAAGUUAUACUUUUGUUUCUCAACAAGUGUUACAUCUCUCUGUGCCAACCAACAGUGAUGGGUACAAGCUUGUCUGGAGUAUACUUCUCUUAUACGCAUAUCAUUGCCCCAGGAGUAAAUCCUGGUAUUACCCCAUUUGUACUACAUUCUGUCGAUUUGACUGUGUACUUAAAAAAGUACCCCAUCGGUGACCAAUAUCACAUCCUUUUUAUUUCACGGGCGUCACAUAAUCUGUACACCACCUUUUCCUGUGUAUAAUGAAUAUUUGGUGCAAUUAUGUUAUAUCGGCAUGUGUAAGAAUGCGUUCAACUUAAAAACCACACCCCAAAAUAAUUACCUGUGCUGUUGUUAUGCUCCCUGACUGUUUUUGUUGUGACUUUUUGUUUUUCCUCUUGGAGUGUAUGUUGUGCAAUUCUACUACUAAACUGGGACAAAACUGCAGUAGCGCACAGACUGUGCUGCUGGAAGAAUGACUGACUGUCUGAUAGAGGCUCUUUUUCUCCUCUUUGGGCCUUUUUCAAAGCCCCCGGGGGUUAUUCUCUUUCCCUUUGUCUCUCUGUGUCCAGUGUUGUGCCUUUUGACCUGUGUUGUGCACAGUUGUUGCCCCCCCUCUGGCUUAUGAGGCUCCUCUCGCAUUGGAAACGAAAAGCUACGAGGCCCCCGAGGGACCCGUGUGGCGUGGUUCCUCUGUUGGUUCGAUCUCCCGUUAUUAGUCAGUGAGAGGAAAACUCCUGGAAUAGACCUUGACCGAGUCUAUUCUGCCGUCAUGACUAGGUCCUGUUUGUUUACGUACAGUGCAGAUUAUCAGGCUUAACUCCUUUUCUUUUGUGCCAAUACUUUUUAACCAAGCCCCCCACCCCUUAUUGACCCCUGUACCUUAGCUCCUGAACCUUUUGCCUGUUAGUUUGUCGCUGCAUUCCUUUGUUUUCUUUCCUGUCAUAAAUGUGUGUAGGUGCAGUCGGCCUUGUAAGUUUACCCCACAACCAGCUGAGAGGCAGAGAACAGGACGGUGGUUGUAGUUGUGAUUUUAUCUCAGUAAAAGGGUCCUUCCACCAAGUCGGUGCCUUUUGAGAUGUGUAACUUGGUGAAACAAUAACAUUUGAUUUCACCUCAUUUUUACAUUCUGUCAUAAAGAGCCCGUUUUCUCAUCUUAAAAAAAAAAUGCCUAUAUUAAGUGCCAAAUAAAGUAACAGGGUUGAUGAUUUCAUCUUAAAUCAGCCAUAACUCCACUUGUGACAGGGGAAAUUGAAACUUGUGUGCAACAGGGAGGGGCAAUUGGAAUGCAAGCUUCACAUAAACCAUAAUUGUUAAAACUUUUCUAACCCGUGUAUCUAUGGGUAACAGGUUUGACGUGUUAUGCUCAACCAACUCCGUUUUCCACAACAAAACACCAGGAAAUGCAGAGUAGAAACAGCUGACCUCAUUUUACACUGAUUUCACUAUUUGAUGUUCAAUGUUUCUUUUGAAAACAUUUUUUUUUAAAGGAAUAGUUUCACCAUAUUAAAAUGAGAUCAGUUUACAUAACAGGCUUGAAUUUCAAAUGUAUUUUUCUUAAAAUGAAUCACUAAUCAUAUGAAAUAAUAAUCUUCCGAAAUUGAUUUGUCAAAGCAACAAAAUAACUAAGGCUUUACAAUGAUGGUGAAAACUUGAAUCUUCCUGGAAGUCAGAGGGUGCAUGGAGGGACAUGUUAAAUUGCAGAAUUUUUCCCUUUAAUAAGUCUUUAUUCAUAUUUUAAAAAAUAUUGAAUUCUCCAUGUGGUCUAUAUUAAAGGGCACAUCAUUGAAUAUAACAGGCAUUUACAAUUCAAUAUUGGUUGGUGCACAAUUUCACUUAAAAUAUCAAAGGGACGCAAAAGGCACUCAUUUUGUGGAACGAACGUAAAGCCAGCAGUGCACUUUUCUUUUGGGAAAAUGGCAAGACAUGUUUAUUUGGCUUUCUCUCUUGAAUUGCAUGUUUAAGGCAACUUAUGCUGUCUGUUUUGAUCCCAUGACAAUUACACUGACAGAACUUUUUCGUUGUUGAUGUAUGCAUUCACUUUGAAGCACUUCUUUUUCACUCCAGUGAACCCAAAUUUCUCCUUUGACAUUUCUUUGUUUCCUUUUAUACUUACAGAUUGUUUCAUCCAAUUUUGAUAUUGAACUUUGUACUUAGAUACAAACGAUCAUUGCAAAAAAAAUAAAGUGUUUCCCCUA